AUGGAAUCAACAACAGAAACCACACAUCUACUCACAGCUACCACCCAGACAUUUACUUCCAAUAAUGAAGAGAAUGACACGUCUAAUAUAAUCUACAUUUAUGACAACGGAAAACAACGCGAGGUGUAUGGAUUAAAUGAAAAUAAAAACUACAUAAUUCAAGUUCGCCCUGAAAAAGAUGAAGAAAAAAAUGAAGAUGAAAAGAACUAUCUGUGGUAUUUAGCAUACGGGAGUAACAUGAGCACAAAAACAUUAACCGGAUUCCGAGGCAUAAAGCCCAAACUCUCGCGUGCAUGCCACGUACCCAACUAUUUUCUAUCAUUUGAUCUCCGAGGAACUCCUUAUGUUGAACCGUGCACCGGAAAUAUCCUUCAUUUCUCUCCACCAACACCAACAGAUGGUAGCCACCCGAUAAUAACACGAGAAUACGCCUGGGAAGUGCAUCGUCGUUGUAAUACAGGCAUGCCGUUUGAAUGGGACGAAAAAAAUCCCAUGGAUUCAUUACCUCCCGUGCUUCAAGGUAUACUUUACAAAAUCACUAAAGAACAAUAUCAGAAGAUUUUAAUGACUGAAGGUGUAUGGGGAUGGGAUGAUAUUCCAACUGGAUAUAAGGAACUUGAGGUCGAAUGCGUGACGUAUGAUGGAGAGAAAAUUGUCGCAAAAACUUUGAUUUCGAAACCAGGAAGUAUCUCAAGAGAUUUGCAGGCUUCUGAAAGGUACCUCAACAUAUUGAAAGAAGGAGCACGCGAACAUAACAUGAAUUACAACUAUCAAACAUACCUCGCUAGAAAAAUUGCUCCAUACAAAAUAACAACUACCAGGAAAAAAAUAGGAAAACGUGUGCCUAGAUGGGUUGCUGUCUACGCGUUACAAUUGUUUAAAUCAAUGUAUAUAAUGCACGAUAGGUAUUUUGAGCCAUAUUUUGGAAGUGGGAAUAAUAAUUUAGAUGAGUUUGUAUGA